AUCUAUGGGUUAUUUUGAGCUGAAACUUCACAGACACAUUCAGGGGACACCUAAGACACAUUGCACCACUGGUUCUUGCAUGUCUCAUAACUCAUAAAUGUGUCAAUUUUGAAUAUAAGCAAACUUGAUCACAAUUUCAAAACAUUUUUUUUAAUUUGAACAACAAAUUUCGGUCUGUUCCGAAUGCAGACCUUUUGUAUGGCUUCUGAAGACUUGGAACAUAGUGCAAGGGUCUACUUUGAUGGUACUAUUUGCAGUGCAGACACACAAUACAUAAUGCAACAUCCUAAACUGUCUAAUUUUUUUUUUUUUUUUACAUUACUAAAUAUGUGGUUAACACUGUUUUUUUUGCAAUUUGACAUGUUUUCAUCAUUUUGUGUUAUUGUUUGUGCCAUUAUUUUCAGCAGGUAAAAAGAGGAUCAAAUCUUUGUCUAUGUGUCCAUCUGGAAAUGGACAUUCUUCAAAGCAUCUCCCUUUGUCAUCCAUGAAAGAAAUGAAAAAUAACAUAAGGGUGCAUCACCUUUAUGAUGACAAAUAUGGAAACUGGACAACUGAGAAUUGCAUCCAAAAAAUAUCAAACAACUGAAGGCAUCUUGCUCACAGGGGGACUGAACAGCACUAGCUGUGGCCCAGCACAACAUCUUCCCUGUAUUCUCAGCCUGAGCAGGAAAGACAUUGGCAGGCAAGACGCAGACCCUGGUUUUGGCUCCGAAUCCCCCAAGUGUCUCUCCUUCCUCUCAUCUUCUGUGUGAUUCUCCCGCCCAGCUGCAGAGCCAGAGACGGAGCUAGACCGAUUUAUGGCAGCGCUGAACACGCCCCCAUGCUGCGCCUGGUGAUGUUGCAUGUGCCCAAGUGCAGGCAGGCAGUUUUGAAAGCAGUUCCUGAUAGAGGCUACUGCUCCGAUUCUACACUGGCAGAGAACAAGAGAGGGAGUGAGCGAGGGAGAGGGGAGAGCGAGAGAGAGACAGAGGGAGAGGGAGAGAGAGAGAUUUCUCCCCGUGCGCCGGGUCCACAUUUGCACGAUGGCAUCAGAUCCAGGGCUGCUGCCCCUCUUAGUGUGGACUAUAUCAAUGCAGGUCCUGGGCUCCAGAGGAACGUCUAAUAAUGAAGAGCAGAAGAGCAAAGGAGGAGCGAAAGUGAUAGUGAUUUGACUGAUCAGAAUGGAAUCGGUCAGCUGUUGAAUUACAGCCAUAUGGAUGUCCUGCCUAUCAAAAUUCAUCUUAAAAACUACAUCAGCACUUUGAAAAACUGCAUCUGUUGAUGUUGCUCCAUCUGGAAUAGGCACAGAAGUGACCCAGUGUUCAGGCCAGAGCAGCCCUCCAUCAAUCCUCAGGUCUGAUAGACGCUUCAGCCUGAAAAGCCAGAAGAACUGAACGUGGAGAACAGAUUUCAGGGUGUUAAAGGAAAAGAUGAAAAAGUUAACCACUGCCCGCGGGACGUCUACGUUUGUGAAUGAGCGCAACUGUAAACUUAUUUCAGAGCAGUGAAUCUCCUGGACACAACCAAAAUAUCAGGAGACUGGGGUUGGCUCACAUAUCCUUCACAUGGGUGGGAUGCAAUCAAUGAAAUGGACGAGUACUUCAGCCCCAUCCACACAUACCAGGUGUGCAACGUUAUGAGCCCGAGCCAGAACAACUGGCUCCGGACCAACUGGAUCCAGCGAGACGGCGCCCGGCGGAUCUACAUCGAGAUGAAAUUCACGCUCCGAGACUGCAACAGCAUGCCAGGCGUUCUCGGUACCUGCAAGGAGACCUUUAACCUCUACUACUACGAGACCGACCGUGAUGUUGGCACGAGCAUCUGGGAGAGUCAGUUUUCCAAAAUCGACACCAUCGCUGCCGACGAGAGUUUCACUAACGUGGACCUGGGGGUGAGGAGACUGAAGCUCAACACUGAAAUCCGUGGCGUCGGGCCGCUCAGCAAACGCGGCUUCUACUUGGCCUUCCAGGAUAUAGGAGCCUGCAUCGCUAUCGUGUCCGUCCGAGUCUACUACAAACGCUGCACGGGAAUGGCCCGCAACCUGGCCGUCUUCACGGACGUGGUCACGGGGGCUGACUCGUCCUCGCUCGUGGAGGUCAGAGGUCAGUGUGUGGACCACGCAGAGGAGAGAGACACGCCCAAGAUGUACUGCAGCGCUGAGGGCGAGUGGCUCGUUCCUAUUGGAAGAUGUGUGUGCAGCGCUGGAUUUGAGGAGCACAGAGACAACUGCAUUGCAUGUGAGGUGGGUUUCUACAAGCCAGUGGCAGGAGAUCAGCUCUGUGGCAAAUGUCCCCUCCACAGUCACUCUGAGACUCGAGCGGCUCUAACCUGCCCGUGUGAUGCCAACUUCUAUCGUUCCUCUACGGAUCCACCGGCUUCUCCCUGCACAAGACCUCCGUCAGCUCCAGUAAACAUCAUCUCAUAUGUGAACGGCACCUCGGUCAGUCUGGAGUGGGGUUCACCUCUGGACGCAGGAGGCCGCAGUGAUGUCAUCUAUGACGUCCUUUGCCAGAAGUGCGACAAAGACGGGACGCAGUGUGAGGACUGUCGGGUGGCUGCGGGUGGAAGUAAUGGGGUGGGGAACGUCAAUGGGGGCGUUGCAGACACUAAUGGAGCUGUUGGUGGGACAGCUGGAGGAGGAGGAGGACCCUUGAAUGGGGUCGUGGUGGCCCGGACAGGAGCGGCCCCGGUGCGCUUUAUCCCUCAGCAGACGGGACUUACAGAACCAUGGGUGACGGUGCUGAAUCUCGCCGCUCACGCCAACUACACCUUCCGUAUUGUCGCGUUAAAUGGAGUCACACACCUGAGCAACGAACUGCCACAGUCGGUGACGGUCAAUAUCACCACAAACCAGGCAGCUCCAUCUCAAGUAAUGGCCGUCCGACAAGAAAAUGCCAGUCAGAACAGUGUCACUCUGUUCUGGCACGAACCAGCGCAGCCCAAUGGAGUUAUAUUAGAAUAUGACAUCAAAUAUUAUGAAAAGGAUAAUGAACAGCAAAGUUAUGCUACACUGAAGUCAAAGAACACCAGCGCUAAAGUGUCAGGUCUGAAGCCCGGCACGAGCUACAUCUUCCAGAUUCGGGCCAGAACCUCGGCUGGCUGUGGGCGAUUCAGCCAGUCAGUGGAGAUACAGACCGGCAAAGCAACUCUGCUGCGAAAUACCAACAUGACCAUUAUCUGGAUCUGCGUGGCUUCGGUAACGGGACUGGUGACAUUUCUGGCCUUUGUCAUCUGCAGAAAACGGCAAGAGGAGUACUUUGAAUUACGUUGUGGGUACAGCAAAGCUUUCCAAGACUCAGACGAGGAGAAAAUGCACUACCAAAAUGGCCAUGUAUCAUUUCCAGAAGCCAGAUUUUAUAUUGAUCCCCACACAUAUGAGGACCCCUGCCAGGCUGUCCACGAAUUUGCCAGAGAAAUUGAAGCGUCCAGGAUCAAAAUAGAGAAAAUCAUCGGUUCAGGAGAGUUUGGGGAAGUGUGUUAUGGGCGGAUGAAGCUGCCCGGAAAACGUGAUAUCCCUGUGGCUCUGAAGACUCUUAAAGCUGGCUACACUGAGAAACAGAGAAGGGAUUUCCUCGGCGAGGCCAGCAUCAUGGCACAGUUCGAUCACCCCAACGUCAUCCACCUGGAGGGGGUUGUUACCCGCAGCAAACCAGUAAUGAUCAUCACAGAGUACAUGGAGAAUGGCUCCUUGGACUCUUUCCUGAGGAGACAUGAUGGCCAGUUCACCAUUAUUCAGCUGGUGGGGAUUCUGCGUGGCAUAGCAGCUGGCAUGACUUACUUGGCUGAUCUGGGGUACAUCCACCGGGACUUGGCUGCCAGGAAUGUUCUGGUCAACAGUAAUCUGGUGUGCAAGAUUUCAGACUUCGGUCUGUCACGUGUGCUGGAGGACGACCCUGAUGCAGCCUAUACCACCAGUGUAAGUGGAGGAAAGAUCCCAAUCCGUUGGACGGCACCGGAGGCCAUUGCCUAUCGGAAAUUCUCGUCCUCCAGUGAUGUAUGGAGUUAUGGAGUUGUGAUGUGGGAAGUGAUGUCAUAUGGAGAACGGCCAUAUUGGAACUUGACCAACAGAGAUGUGAUCAAGUCCGUAGAGGAGGGUUACCGACUCCCGGCCCCCAUGGGCUGCCCCGGUGCCCUCCACACCCUAAUGCUGGACUGCUGGCAGAAAGACCGCAAUGAAAGACCCAGAUUCUGCCAGAUCGUCACAGUCCUGGACAAGCUGAUCCGGAACCCCGAGAACCUCAAGUCAAUGGACACAUUGUGCAGACUAAACAGUCCUUUGAUGAACAGAAGCAUUCCUGAUUUCACCAGCUGCAGAUCGGUGGACGAGUGGUUGGACACCAUUAAGAUGGGCCGUUAUAAGGACCACUUUGCCGCAGGAGGGUAUCUGACUCUAGGACAUGUGAUGAGCAUGAAACAACAUGACAUCCAGAGGUUGGGAGUCACAUUAAUGGGCCAUCAGAAGAAGAUCAUGACCAGCGUCCAGGUGAUGAGAGCCCAAGUACUGAACCAGAGUGUGCCGUCAGUGCACAUAUAAUCACGGACCUCAUCAGAAUGCAAGUACGUACUGAUCUGAUCUGUGUUUGGGUCUUGUGUAUGAACUUCAAACGACUGUCCCUUCCUCAACGAAAGCUGAUGUGGACUAUUACCGGGAUAAGGAUGGAGUUUUUCUUCUUCAGCGGGACAUUCUGCAAUUAUCCCUCGUCUCUUUUACUUCCUUUUGUAAAUGUUUGGACUGCCUUAAAUGACACAUAAUUUAAAUAUUGUUGUACAUGAAUAAAGAUUUUAUGAGUAAUAGAGUCAUGAAUAUGUGAAAAGUGGACCUAAUAAUGAAUAUUUAAAAGGUGGAAAUGAAUAUGCAUAGUUUUGCCACACCCACCACAGCACCACAACAAUGGCAUGGAUGAAACUACGAGUGCCUCAAGUGCUGAAACAUGACACUGAAUAAAAGACGAAAAACAGCGCGACGUCACGGGAGAAUAAGAGUUAAGCUACAAGCGUAUAAUUUAUGAUGAACCGAGACCCUCAGGAGGAAACAUUUGGGCUCCUGACAAAAGCUGCGGAGUGCAAAAGAAUACAGACAAACGCUGAAUUAGUCUCUGCUUUGUCUCUGUGGUCGUAAAAAGGGAAAAAGGCAAUUAUGUAUGUCAUGUGUUUGAUUAAACACUCUGAAACUCAACCUGCUGUUAUUUAUUGCGUGCAGAAGAGCGCCGGAUCCCUCUGGAAAUGGGAGGAAUAAAUAUGUGUAAAUGUUGGUCUGCGGAAAACAGAAAUACUUUCUGAAAUGGAAUCUCAAAUCUGUCUGAAAUGGAAUCUCUAUCUUUCUCUUACAACUGGAUUCAGAGUUCAGGCCAGUUUUAAAAUAUUUAUUCUUUCUUACUUUGAGAAAAUCGAGUGUUCUCAGAGUGUGGGCUGUUUUAAAUCAUUCAUUUUACUAAAACUAACAGAUACAAUUAUGAGAUAAAAGGGAAAUCGCACAUAAUUGUGUGCAUCUUGUAAUGGUGGGACUGACUACUCUAAAGUCAACAUGAAAUCAAAACUGACCCUGUUUACUUUACUAGAUGUUCCUGGUCUUAUUAUGAAUGAUUAAUCUGUGCAUGUUGUUCUAAAAGGAAAAAAUGUUUCAUAGUUUUCAUCAAAAUAUUCUCUGCCUUUUUUGUAAGCUGAAAGAACAUUCCUCUCCAAACACUUUUCACGUUCCUAUCGAGUCCCGCCAUACAUUAAAUCCCCUUGUUGGAUAUCGUUUUCACAGUCAGAAGUAAAAUGGGUUUUGAAUGCCAUUUCAUGUUGACUUUACAAAAACACUGGACCUCAUUUAAUUUUUGAAAACAGGGUAUUAUCUGUAUGUUCAUCCUUUUAUUUAUUAAAUUAUAAUUAUUCUGUUUUAAUGAUUAAGUUACCUAAUUGUGCAUUUGUUUGUAAGACAAAGAUUAAUGGAGUUACUUUACCAUGAAUCAUAUAUGUAAAUAUGAAUAAAAUAAAGUUUUUUUUCGCUCUGUC